GGUGGAACAUGUGUUGACGCGUGUUGGAAUCCCCGGAUGUUCACGUGUGAAUGUCGACAGGAUUAUAAAGGAGUGUAUUGCGAAAAGCACAGCGGAGUGAGAAGCUGUCAGCAGCUGAAAACCCUGGGAGCGAAUCAGAAUGGCAUUUAUAAAAUCAACCCAGAUGGUCAAGGGGUCAUAAACGUGUACUGUGACCAAACCACAGAUGGAGGUGGGUGGACUGUGGUUCAGAGACGUUCCCGUCCAUACAAGCAAAGCUUUGAACGAACGUGGGUAGAGUAUCGAGUAGGCUUUGGCGACUUGUCCAAAGAAUUCUGGCUUGGAAACGACAACUUGCACCGAAUCGCCUCUUCAGACAGCAUUCUUCGAAUAGAUCUGCACCGAACCAACGGCCAAAAGGGAUAUGCCAAAUAUGGUGGGUUUCGGGUAGCUGACGAAACAGAAAAGUAUCGAUGCGACAUGAGUUCGUACGAAGGAAACAUCGGAAAUGGGUUUUAUGGAAAUACAGAUCCUAAAUUGAACAUCCGAGGGAUGAAAUUCGGCACACCAGACCAAGAUAAUGACAACUUCCUUGGAAAGUGUUUUCCUGAUGGUGCAUGGUGGGCAAACCAAUGUGGCGAGGUUAAUCUCAAUGCAAAGAAUGGUCCGGACUGGCGUCCUUGGGCUUCUCACCCUGACCUAAAUUUCUCUGAGAUGAAAGUAAGGCAUAACUGA